AUGCAUCUAAAGAUUAUGCCCCGCUUUCUCAGCACCAACAUCAACAUCGCUCUCCAACCACCAUACUAUCCGACGUCGGUGCCAUUACCACUCGAUAUGAACAUUGAAUCUGGGCUGUAUACAGCCCUAGCUCCCUACCAGACAAGACUUCUGUGUCUUCAUGGCGCCAAUUAUGACCUGGAAAGCGUGCUAGUAUGUACGCUCUAUGUCGCAGACAUACUGCAUCCUUCUUUCGAGGGCCUUGGUGUACGUUCAUGUAAUUCAAACCAGAGUCACUUGAGGAGUUUCGAAGCUCUCUCGUAUGUGUGGGGAAGCCAGGAAGGCUUGAAGCAAAUUACGUGUAACAAUAUGUCACUUUCAGUCACAAAAAAUCUCUUCGAGGCCCUCAUGGCACUACGAGAAGGCGAUGAUGAAGAUCGCUACUUGUGGGUAGAUGCAAUUUGUAUCGACCAAAACAAUCCGGCGGAGAAGGCUGUUCAAGUGCGCAACAUGUUGACAAUCUACGAAAAAGCUGUUAGAGUGAUUGCUUGGCUAGGUCCUCUGGGGAACCGAGACUUGACGGACGUCCUGUCAGAGGGUGACUUUACGCCUUCUCCAUCUAUGCACCUCCGAAGGAUGCCAAGUUGGGAAAAACAUGUUGAGGCUCUUCCGCACUGGCCUGGAUCGAAUAAUCGUGGUCGAGGCCGAAUGCCUCUUGACCUCGAGGAGAUCUGUGCUACCAUGCAUCUAGUCUACUCCCUCACCUACUUCAAGCGCAUAUGGAUACAACAGGAGGUUUUUGCCGCAAGAGAGUUGAGACUGCAAAGUGGGUGGCAGAGCGAUUUCGAGUGGAAGGGAUUGUUGUCGCAACCUGAUCUAUUGUACACGCUUCCGCAAAUUCGCGAGGAUCAGACUCCACUCAUCUCCGAGAUCGUUGAUCUCCAUGCCGACCAACUGAGCUGCUUUGACCAUUUUCGACGAAAGCAGGAGGAGCGCCCAUAUCUCAUCGAUACGCUAUUAUACACCGGAAGACUCGAAUCUACAGACACACGAGAUUACGUUUACGGUAUCCUCGGUCUCACAAGCUACCCGUCACAGUCUAUGUCAAUGAAGGAAUGGGAGGAGGCAAGGAGAUCAUCACUUUUCAUCCCUGUCGACUAUUCGUCUUCCUGGGACGCUGUUACAUCCGCUGUUACAUGGGUCACACUCAUGACAGAGGGUCUUGCACUGAUAGCCAAGUUCAAGAUGCUGGACGCAAAGGAAGAGAACUCUACACUUCCUUCCUGGGCUAUAGACUGGCGCAUCACUGCAAGAUAUACCCUCUACAUCUACAAGUAG